AUGCCUCGUUCUGUCCCACAAUGUUCAUCCUCACAGGGUGAACCGGACGAGGCCCAAAUCAACACCCCGUCCUCCCGCACAGCUCCCCCAUCACCAACCGCUCACCGCCGCCGAAGCUACCUCUCCGAAGAACACACGGGUUACCAAUCACUGGACUCGCAUCUUGAAAUCACCGAAGUCACCAGUCUCCUAGGUCUCCCAGAAGACCCACAGCGUCAAGUACCGCGACGCUCAUAUACGAGUAUCUCCGGGACCUCGGGUCCGGAAUCACUGCGGUAUCUCCUAGGUGCGGGGAACCUUCGUCGCAAAGGAAACCACAGCCGGGCGAAUUCCACAAAGAGACGAUUCAGUCGACGGAGUAGCUUUGGAGAGGAGGAAAUUGAGGACGCAGAUCGCCCAGCAAGCUUACCGCCAUCAACGAAGAACGGUCUGACAGCGUCAUCGUUCCUGGACGAACGUACCUGGUAUGAUCAGUUCACCUCAACGGAUUGGGUACAUGAUAGCAUUGCCGAUGGAGCUCGCCUGCGUCUACUGCGGCGCCGCAAGGAUCUCCGGGGUAGGCUGCUGUCAUGGUUCGAUGGCGCGCAGGGGUGGAUUCUCGUGGCCUUGACUGGCUGCAUCACGGCUGCGAUUGCCUAUUUCGUGGAUGUGUCGGAGGAUAGAAUGUUUGAUGCGAAGAUCGGAUUUUGUACUUCUCGCUGGUUUGACAGUCGCACCACAUGCUGCAAUGGAGCAUCGGAGUGUGACACAUGGCGAACGUGGGCACAGAUCUUCAGGUCUUCUGGAACGGAUGAUCGCUGGGUGGACUUUCUCAUGUUUGUGGUCUGGGUUGUUGUCCUCGCGAUGAUCUCAUGUGCUCUUACCCUUCUCACGAAGACGGUCGUUCCAUCUUCUAUUUCUUUGUCCACUCUCGAUGAAAAUCUUGGGGCCGAUGCGCGCGGGACCUAUAGCGAUGUUGCUGGUUUGGGCUCGCCCCACUCGCUGACUGACGCUCAUGGAUCAUUCCCCAACGCUCCCCCACGCCCGGCAAUGGUUUACUAUUCGGCUGCUGGUAGUGGAGUCGCCGAGGUUAAGGUGAUCAACAGUGGUUUUGUCCUCCAUGGAUAUCUGGGAUUGAAAACUUUAGUUAUCAAGACUAUUGCUUUGAUCUUUAGUGUUUCAUCUGGACUGAGUCUUGGAAAGGAAGGCCCUUACGUCCACAUUGCCACCUGUGUAGGUAACAUUGCUUGUCGACUGUUUGCCAAGUACAACCAAAAUGAUGGCAAACGACGAGAGGUGCUGAGUGCUAGUGCGGCGAGUGGUGUGGCCGUUGCCUUUGGUGCACCCAUUGGUGGUGUCCUUUUCAGCCUGGAAGAAGUCAGCUACUACUUCCCGCCAAAGACUCUCUUCAGAACCUUCUUCUGUUGUAUUGCUGCUACUCUAUCCCUGAAAUUCCUCAACCCUUACGGCACGGGAAAGGUCGUUCUGUUCCAAGUGAGGUAUCUCACGGAUUGGGAAUUUUUUGAACUCUUCAUCUUCAUUUUCCUUGGUAUACUGGGCGGUGCAGCUGGUGCACUAUUCAUCAAAGCUUCCAGCUUAUGGGCACGUUCGUUUCGUCGAAUCCCCGCGAUCAAACACUGGCCGAUGCUAGAAGUGUUCCUUGUGGCACUUUUAACCGGCAUGGUCAGCUUUUGGAACCGGUAUACCAAAUUGCCUGUUACCGAGCUUUUGCUAGAGCUGACCAGUCCCUGUGAGCACGUUUCUAAGGAUGGUACGGGACUAUGUCCUCCUGAGGAGGGUAUACUGGAAACUAUCCAGUAUCUCCUGGCUGCAUUCAUCAUUAAGAGCUUUUUAACCGUUGUUACAUUUGGAAUCAAGGUACCAGCAGGUAUUUACGUUCCAUCUAUGGUGGUCGGUGGCCUGAUGGGUCGAAUUGUUGGCCACGUCGUUCAAUACUGGGUAGCGAAGAACCCAACAUUUUUCUUGUUCAACUCCUGUCCUGCUGUUCCUGGCAUGGAGUCAUGUGUGACUCCGGGCGUCUAUGCACUAGUCGCCGCAGGCGCCGUUAUGUGCGGAGUGACUCGACUGUCAGUGACGUUGGCUGUGAUUCUUUUCGAAUUGACAGGAAGUUUGGACCAUGUGCUUCCAUUUUCACUGGCGGUCCUUUGCGCAAAAUGGACGGCAGACGCGAUAGAGCCUAAUAGUAUCUAUGAUUUCCUUACCGAUAUGAACGCCUAUCCAUUCCUUGACAGCAAACUUCAACCACUGAGCGAUGCCGAGCUGGGUGAUAUCGUCCGACCUGUGCGUGAAAAUCGCAUUAUCGAUAUCUCCAACUCACCAUUUGUCGCCGCAACGGAACUCCGCUUGAAACUGGAACAUCUGUUGAUGGCUGGUGAAAUUGAUAGCGGUCUGCCAAUUCUGCGGGAAGGUGUGUUGGCGGGACUGAUUCCGGCUCCAGAUCUGGAGUUUGCACUUGACACUCUUGAAGAUGAGGCAAACACUCUUUGUCUGAUGGCGAUGGAUGCUUCUAUUGCAGUCUAUGACAGUGACAACGAAGAUACCCUGCAGGAAGACUUCACGCGUUACAUUGAUCCUGCUCCGAUUGCCCUGGACGUGCAUUCUCCUAUUGAUUUAGUUUACCAGUGCUUUGCCAAGUUGGGCUUACGAUAUCUUUGUGUGCUUCAGAAUGGCCAAUAUGCCGGCCUGGUACACAAAAAGGCAUUUGUCAAAUUUAUGAAGCAGAACGAGUAG